CAGUAGUAAAACAACAGCUGACUUUUCGAAACGUGAAAGCGGAAAAGUUAAUUUUUAGUUUUUUAAAUAAUACAUAGUAAUUAACAAAUAAUAAUUAAUAAUUGUGAGUGACUUUUUAACGAAUACAGUAUCUGUGUCACCCACCAAAAAAGCAGGGUGUUUGCCUUCGACAAAGCAUCCAAUUUCUUAAACGUUUAGAUUCGUUUCUGAAUAUGGAAGUAGAAAACAAUAACAACUUGCCGGCAAAGUUUACGGAGAAGCGUAAGGCAACCGAUAAAGAUGAAGGGGAUGAUGCAAAAAGACUGAAACAUAAUGUUCCCAAUAUGUUAGACCCCUUGACAUCCGCAUCCUCCGUUUCCAACUCAACUCUCCCACCACCACAGAGCCCCAAGAAGAGACUGCAUCUUGAGAAGCAGAAGCCCAGGCAAAACAAAGAUCAAAACUUCAUGUAUGGCAAUUACAAACACUAUUAUGGAAAGCGUAUAUUAGAUAAAGAUUUCCAUGAUAUCCGUUUGGAUGUGUUAGCCACGCAACCAGAACUCUUUCAAGACAAGCAAUUGCUAGAUAUUGGCUGCAAUUCGGGUCAUUUAUCCAUAGAGAUUGCGAAAAAGUUCAAUGUAAAGACGCUUGUUGGCCUGGACAUCGAUCGGAGCCUUGUUAACGACGCCCAAAUGGCCAUUGGCUCGCUGAAACGUCAAAAUCCUCCUGGAUCUAGAUUUCCAUACAAUCUGAGAUUCCUGCACGGCAACUAUGUACUUGAGGAUGAUGUUUUAUUAGAAAUAGAGCGCCCGCAAUUUGAUGUGAUUCUUUGUCUCUCAGUGACUAAGUGGAUACAUCUCAAUUUCUGUGAUGCAGGCUUAAAGCAGGCAUUUCGCCGCAUGUUUCUUCAAUUACGACCUGGAGGCAAGCUCAUACUGGAACCACAGUCCUUCGACACAUAUAAAAGGCGAAAAAAGCUAUCGGAAAAAAUUCGGGAAAAUUACAAUGCCAUUGAAUUAAAGCCCGAAAAGUUUACGGAAUAUCUUCUCAGCCCUGAAGUCGGAUUUGCAACUAUGGAACUAAUGGGCGUACCUGACCAUUGUGAGAGCGGCUUUAAGCGACCGAUACAGAUUUUUACAAAACGUUUGGUUGAAAAUGAUUCUUGAAAUAUACAUUGGUGUAUUUACAAAAAAAAAAAAAAAAAAAAACCAUC